AUGUUACAACUUCUGCUGACACUUACCUCAUUUUCUUUUUCUAGUUCAAGUUCAAAGAGCAUAACCUGCAACGAGAAUUGGUGUCCGAGUUCAUAUGUAAUUUUUACUCAGAGAGGAGAUGGAUAUUGCGACACAGGCUGCAUGUAUUCCUUUUGCAAUUGAGAUUCUGAAACUUCAUCAGGAGACUACGAUUUCUCAACAUCUGAUUGCUAUGAAACUUGCGUUUAUAAUAAUGGAUGCGAUCCCAGCGACCUUGGCGAUGACUACUGUGAUGAUUCUUGCAAUAUAGCUGCUUGCGGGUAUGAUUUAGGAGACUGCGGCUACUGUGAUCAAAAUUGUAAGUCAUAAGUAGGUUACAGCUACAUGCUUGGAAGCUACUGCUAUGAUAACUGCAAUACAACGGCUUGCUACUACGGCGAAAGUUAUUGUUCAGAAUGCAGUUCUGGGUGCACUUCUUCGAAGCUCGGAGAUGGUACAUGCGAUUCUGAAUGCAACACUGCGUCUUGUAACUAUGAUUUUGGGGACUGUUCCACAGAAGUUUGCUCUCCUGGCUGCUAUUCUUAUAUGAUCGAUGAUGGAGUCUGCAAUAGUGAGUGCUAUAAUUCAGCCUGCAAUUGGGAUAACAAAGACUGUGACUGCUCUCCAGGUUGCUUAGCUAAUCUUAAUUUUCAGAAUUUUAAAGUGCAUCUCUUUCGUUGGAAGUAAUUUCCCUUUUUAAUUAAUGAUUUUGAUGGCCAUUUUGUUUGGAAAGCAUUAGAGAGGACCAUUAAAAGGCCAGAAAGCCCUUACUGGCCGCGUGAGCUCUCUCCUAUCUGGCUCCAUUGCGUGUUCCAGCAAGGGUGAUUCUACUCAGGAGUGCCAAGCAAUAAAUCAUAUGCCUCCUAUUUUCCUUGGGCCAGUGAAUUACCAUAUACGCUAAUCCAAAAUUCAUCUGUAAAAACUAAACCUUGUAACAAUAUAAUUCAUAGAGGAGGAGGAGGAGUAGAUCUCGGAAAGAAAUAAUUUCGGACAUAGCCAUUUUAUUACUAUGUUCUCCAGGUUGCAAUUCAGAUAAGCUAAAUCCUCCCCUUUCUUCGCGAGCAAGAAGAAAAAUUUUGUUUGCUAAAGGUGUUAAUUUUUUAAUCAAAUUUAUUUUUUUGAAAUUUAUAAAAUCCCACAAAAAUUAGAAAAUCUAUAAAUUGUAUAUUUGUCUUUUAAAUAAGCAGUUUAAAAUUCAACAGAAUUAACUUGAGAUUAUAAUAAUCAUUACUUAUAUAUCGGAUUUUAUAUGCAAAUUUUAAAUUAAAAAUAUUUGCUUGCUUAAAGAGAUGGUUUUUUCCAAAAGAUAUAGAUAUUUCCAAGGUUUUCUCACUCAAGGAGGGAGGGAGUAAACAAUAGUGAUUGCGAUUCAGAGUGUGAUAAUUCUGACUGUAGUUAUGACAAUGGUAAAUGUGGAGACUGUGCAAGUGGUUGCUUUACCAGGAUGAUAGGUGACAAAAACUGUGAUUCUAAAUGCUAUAAUUCUAAUUGUAAAUACGACGCUAAGGACUGCCGAUGCACUUCUUCCUGCACGAACGAUAAAUAUGGGACAUGUGAUGAAAAUUGCUUACCCUCCCUUGAUAGAGAAAAAUACAUUUGAAAAAUCUAAUUCUUGGGAAAUAUACACUUUUAUUAAUAUAAUUAAUGGUGCUAUGAUUAAAAUGCGAGCUCGCUCUUUCAAAUUUAUGCGACAUCAUAAAAAAAAUUUUUAAAAACAAAAAUUAGCCCUUCCCUUUAACUCAAAAAAAUCUUGUACCAAUAGAGAGGAGCUAGUAGGAGACUGUUUAUAUGAUCAAUUUAGCACUGAUUCUUCGAAACAUUGCACACAAAAUUAUAAUCAGCUCUUCCACAUGCAUGCACAGCUUAUUAAUAACGAUUUAACAACUGUGAGGAAUUUAGCAGACUGCUCAAGCAAUGGAAAGUGCGAUGGCAGUAUGCUAUUAACAACCUAUGGUACAUGCACUCAAGAUUGCGACACUAAAAACUGUGCAUACUCUUGGGCAGCCUGCAGCCCUGAAAACAUGAACACUUGUGCAGAUUCAAAGUGUCAGAAGUGCUACGGGACUAAGCAAGGGCAAUGCUACCAGUGCGAUCAGGCAAAUUCUUAUCAGUUUUACGGUUACUGUCUGGAGACUUGCCCUGUCGGCUAUAGCGUUAAUUAUAUUUCCUCCCUAAACUAUCCUUUGUGUCUCCCUUCAGCUGAUACUUCAACUUCCGCAAAUCCCAAGUAUUAUUAUGUAACAACUCUCGGGUCGACAGAUCCGAUGGGAGGAGACGGAACUCAAUCGAAUCCUUUUGAGUCUUUAGCCUUGGCGCUGACUGCCAUCAAUAGUGCUUAUGCAAUUGUCUACUUAAAUAACGAUGGAGACGGGAUUCACUAUUUGACCCAGCUCAACUCAACAAAUCCUAUGUCAGUGGUUGCCCCAGACUCUGCAAAGCCUUACAACUCGCAAACCAACAGACAAAGUCUUAUCAUUAUGACUGAAAACAGUGCUACUGUGCACCUCAAGCCCAAAGUGGAUUGAAGUCUUUUGACAAUUACCACUCAAAACACUGUAUCGCUUACGAUAGCUAAUGUAAUUUUUGACGGGGAUGAAUGGGCUCAUGGGAAAAAUAAUUGCUUACUCCUUUUAAUUGGAACAAGAUUUUCUACAAAUUUAAAGGGGGUUAAUUUUAUAUUUUUGAUUUUAAUUUAUUUUAUGAAGAAUUAAUUCAAGAAAUUAAUAAAUUCAGUGUAGAAACUGUUUAAAUAAAUUCUAAUUGCACUUUUUUCAUUAAACUAGGUCAAAACUAAUUUUAUAUUGCCUGCAAAAUUUUUCUAUUGAAAAAAUUGUUCCAAUUCAAAAGGGGUUAAAGUACCCAAAAUAUAAAAUUUUACCUAUAUUUGCCUCAAUUAUAUAGGGAGCUAGGAGGCUAUUGCUCAUAUUGUCCCACAGUAACUCAACAGUAUGACGGUUCAUACAAAGAUGAUCAGGGGAAUGCUAUAACAGAUUUUGCAGAGUCUACGCAAUGUCAAAAAUAUCACAAUCAAAAUUUGAUUGAAGUAACAUCAGGAACUACUUUAAUCCUGAACAAUGUCCAGUUUAACAACUGAAGAAUGGAACUCAACUCAAUUAUUCAGAAUAACGGAGGAAAUCUAGACUUCACCAACACUAACUUUGACAAUAUUCGUAAUAAUCCUGCAUCUGGAUCUGCUGUGAUCCUUUUCAAAGACUGUAUGCAAAGCUCAUCUAAUUCUUAUGGCUGUGGUGAUUUUACUUACAAAACUGGCAGUGUCGCGAGAAUAAACAACGGCUUUGAGUACUCAUCAUCCUUAACUUUGAAAGGAUUUUUCAGAUCUACGAGAAGCCAAGCGAUUUCUUUUAAAAGUAUCACUUUCGAGAACAACGCAGUCUAUUCUGCAACUAAUUCUGUGGAUGACUCUUUAAUUUACCUAGAAAUAUUUAAGACCCUUACUAUUGACUCUUGCACUUUCUCUUACAAUUAUGUGUACUCUUCUUUAAUUUACUUAAAAGCUACGAAUUUAGAGCUGAACUAUGAUGUAAACUCUAAGGAUGAAAUAACUGAUUAUUUGAUCGAUCAUGUGACAAUUACUGGCUCAACCUUUAUAUAGAAAUUGCCCGAGGAUGGCGCUAUUUUGCGCCAUCCUCGGGCAAAUUCAAAAAAUGGCCCCACACGGGAAUCGAACCCACGUGUGGGACCAUUUUUGGUACGUGUAAGUCGAUGUUUUACACAUACCAAAAAUGGCCCCACACGUGGGUUCAAUUCCCGUGUGGGGCCGGUUUUUUGAAUUGCCCGAGGAUGGCGCAAAAUAGCGCCAUCCUCGGGCAAUUUCUAUAUAUAACUAUGGCGUUACCUAUGGGAUUUUUGCAGCUGUGUAUCAAAUUGAGCUACAAAAUAUUAACUGAAAUAACGUCGAGAUUAGCAAUAAUGGAGUAGAAAAAGGCCCAAUUAUUUAUAUUUCCAAUGGCAUUGUGCAGGAUAGAUACAUAUAUGGUCAAACUGCAGCUGUAAGCACUUCAAAAGGAAAAGUCAAUGCUUUUCAAAGACAAAGGACAUUUUACUGGAAAACUCUCACCUUUGACAACAAUAAUUCUGGCAGCUCUGGAUUGUGGGACUUUACCAAGCUUGUAAAUCUAUAUAUGGAUGAUAUACAAAUAACCUCAAAUGGUGCAACAAAUAACACUGUGAAUACCCUGGUUUUCAAGCCUUGAAAAGAUAACACCAACAUACAUUUGAAGACUCUUUCAGCUUCUCCUGCAUUUCUAGACUUUACUUCAUUGGCCUCAAUGAGCACAAUGACCAAUUUUACGAUGAUCUCAUCAAAAAUAACUGGCAGUGUUGCUUACUCUUCAACACCAUAUGUACUUGUAUCAAGCUCAAACAUCAAUGUUUUCAAUGAUGUGACUAUUAGCGGCAAUACAGGAAAAUCAACCAAAUACCCAACUUCAUUGUAUAUAAAUGGAGGCAACGAAACGCAUAUAAUGAGCUGCUCUAUAAAAUCUAAUGAAAAUUUAGCAGAGACAGGAUAUGGGGCUAUCGGUGCAGAUGGGAGCGCUUUAAAUAUGACAAUUAACGAAACUACUUUUGAGUCGAAUAUAGGCACGACUGGAGGUGGCCUUUUCUUUGCAGGGGUGAAUCUUUAUAUGUAUGAUAAUACCUUUAAUAAAAAUACUGCUUCCAAAAAUGGUGGAGGAGUUUGCAUCCAGCAGACCGCCACAGGAAGAAUUACAAUUACAGCAGUCUCAUGCACUUUUUCUAAUAACCUGGGGUCUAGUUAUGGCGGCGGACUAUACUUUGAAAAUGUAGGAGCCGUAUAUAACUCAAUUAUAUUCAAUGUAGAAUCUUGCACUUUCACUGAGAAUACAGGUGGAUAUGGUUCUGCAAUUUAUAUGGGCAGUGCCUUAAAAAUCUAUGAGUACAAAACUUCGUCAAUUGUCUCUACUACUUUUUCUAAAAACAAUGCGACCAGUUCAGGCACCCUCUCAGCUUUGUUUGCUGAUGGGACUUUUUAUAUAGAAAACUGUGAAUUCAGCUCAAAUAUUGGGAGAGUAGCGUCAGGAAUAUAUCUGGAAACUGCGACUGAAAGUGACAUCACGAUUUGCAAAACACUUAUGAAGAGCAUUAAAUUUACUUCAAACUCAGGAGCUGCUGUGCUUUAUAUGACAAAUUCAGAUGUUUAUUCUCACAUUGAGACCGAUACAUGCACAUUCUCAUCCAACACUGGUAUACCAGUGUGAAUGGACUACGAUUAUUGGAUUGACUCAGAUUCAGUCAUCGAAAAUAAUUCUGGGAAAGCUUCUGGAGGCAUAAAGCUGCUUGACGCUUCAUUUGCUAAAUGCACUAACACAGUUUUCUCUUCAAACACAGCCACUCAGGAUGGCGGAGCCGUUUCAUUAGGCUCAGCAUCUACAUUUUACUGCCUAAACUGCACUUUUGAAGAAAAUACAGCUGGAGGCUCAGGAGGAGCCAUCUUUAGCGAGCAGAAAUCCUACUUUAACAUCACCAAUUCUUUCAUAUACCAAAAUGAGUGCACUGAUAAGGGAGCAGCCAUUUAUAUGUUGGGCUCUUCUUCACCAACUUCUCUUCUCAAGAACUCAACAGUCCACGAAAACAGUUCUGCCAAUCAAGCCUCAAUUGCCCUUCUUGAUUCUUCUAUCAACAUAGACACGACCACUGUUUACAAAAAUACAGCUACUUCAAUAACCCCUGGGAUGCUUUUGACACUGUCUGAUGCGACUAUUUCGAAUUCGAAGUUUUAUAGCCAAAGUGGGGAUCAGGGGAGCUUUAUUUAUGCUACAACCCAGAGCGAGGUAGAUAUGUAUAACUCUACCUUUACAGAUGGAGUUAGUACCAGCUCAGCCGGAGCCAUUUUUUCCAUUUCUAGUACUGUGACUAUGGACAAUUGUACUUUUACAAGGUCAAAUGCAACUACAGGAGGAGGUGGAGCAAUCCUAGCAUACUCCAGCAGCAUUUUGACUAUCAAAAACAGCUUUUUAACUGACUCCUACAGUAAAGAUGUAGGAGGAGUCAUCAAUUCAUAUGAGAGCGACCUCGAAGUAUCCAAAACCGUGAUGAAGAACUACAAAUGGGGCGCAAUUUAUGGCUCCAAAAUGAACUCAGUGAAACUCGAAAAUUCUCAGUUCCUCAACGGAGUUGGCGCAAGUGGAGGUGCACUUACCUGCGUAUCCUGUGAAUCAAUUACUAUAACUAGCUGCACCUUCGAAUCGAAUACUGCUGAAGAAGGUGGAGCUUUGUACUUGUCAACUUCCAGCGACACCGAGAUCACGAAUCCAUACAUCAUAAAAAGUUCUACAUUUAAUAGCAACUCAGCCAUAUUAGGGGGAGGAAUCUACACAAAUAAUAUUAAUUUGAAUGUUUCCAACUCAGAAUUCACAGGAAACAAUGCUACCACAACAGAAACAAACACAGGGUCAAUACCAACUACAGGUAACGGAGGAGGAAUAAACUUGGCCUGCACAGAUUUUACAAGCUGCGUAUUUAACUUGACUUCUAACAAAUUUUUUAAUAAUACAGCAACAUACAAUGGAGGAGGAAUCAACUGGGAAGAUAUCAGUCCCUCUGAGACUAAUAAUACUUUUAAGGGCAACAAAGCUUCUUAUGCGGCAGAAAUUUCUUCAUUUGCAAUAAAAUUAAUGUCAGUGGAUGCGAAUGGCAAGCUGGUGGACUAUACCAGAAGGCUUGAAGAUAACCCAACUGCUACGUCAAUAUCAGGCAUUGCGUCAGGACAGGAAACGACCAGUGAGCUAAGAUUAGCUCUGGUAGACUAUUACGGAAACAUAGUGUUGACUGACAGCUCCAGCACAGCUCAAUUAUACCCAACGAAUUCUACUUCAACGACACUAUCAGGCACUACAAAAGCUACAGCACAGAAAGGGGUCUACUACUUUCCGAGUUUCAUAGUUUCUGCUGAGCCGGGCUCAGAUGUGUCAAUUUACGUGACUUCUACAGGCAUUGAUACUUCGAAGCAAAGCAAGCUUCCUGGUGCAACUUUUACCAGCACCGUAGAUGUUGCUGUUUCUAUGAGAGAGUGUAUCAUAGGUGAAGCAACAGUUGGAGUGAAUUGUGAAGUUUGUGCUUCAGGAUUUUAUAGCUUACCCUCCCCUGUCGCAGCAAAUAUAAGCUAUAGAUUUUCUUAGAAUUAAUUUUGGUGCCUUUUAAUACCAAAUGCCGCUUUUUAAAAAUUAACUAGUUUAUUUUGAUUAUAGCUCUGAUGGUUUAAACAACUUUUUGAGCUUAUAAUUGAAAUAUUUGAUUAAUUAUAUUCUCAGGUUAAAGCUAUAAAUCUAUAAAUUUGUUUAUAAAAUUUCAAGUCAUACCCCAAUUAAUAGCGACGAAAUAGAGCUCUUUAUUUAAUGGGAGAGAGUUAGACCCCAGCAACACCCAAUGUCUCACUUGUCCGUCACAUUCAGCUACUUGCUAUGGGAAUUGGACAAUGGCUCCACAAAGUGGCUAUUGGAGAUCUGGCAAAUACUCAGACAAUUUCAUUGCUUGCCCUAAUUCGGCAGCCUGCUUAGGAGGGGCUUAUAGUUCUACUAAAAAUCUCUCUUACACAGGGGAGUGCAGCACAGGAUACACAGGGAACUUAUGCCAAGCUUGCGAUACAGGCUACUCAAGAUCAAGCUCAAACACAUGUGGGAAAUGCCCUGAUGAAGUUACCAAUUCCUUUAAGGUCAUAGGGAUUUGCAUUCUAGUUAUUAUUGUGUGUGGAGUCAUGGUCAGGACAACCCGAAACAGUGCCUACAAACCCAAAGCAAUUCACUCAGUCUAUAUCAAAAUUUUUGCGAACUACUUGCAAAUGAUUAUGCUUAUGACUAUUUUAUGUGCAUAAAAUGGUCGAUGACGAGCGAUCUAUACUCUCCCCGGUGUCCUUUGUAUAUCCGGACGUGAUUUUUUAGUGAAAGGAGCUGCCCAAGUGUUUAAUUAGCCUCGAAGCGAGAGACCCAGCACCCAGCACUACCUCCGUUGAUUAGUGGCCUGAUUCAAACGGCAGUUUUUUGCAUUUUUUUAUAAGCAGCGCCCAGGUUUAGGUUGAGUGUCCUAUAGAGGUAGGAUGACUUACCUGCCUAGACUGCUUUGUGGCCUGCCCCAAUCACAUAAGAAGUUGACUUUUUUCCUAGGUGUCAGGGGAAAAAGGAAAGAGAGACUAGACAAAAUUCAAGGACUUCAGUCUCUCCAGUUGAAAAGGGUCCGUGAAAAGGGCGGUCUGGCCUAAAAUAAGCAGGGUUGGUUAAGUUGGCUGUUUGGGUUGGAAAUGGAGGUUCCGAGAAAGUCCGUGUGUCUCAGGCCAUGGAGGAAAAAUGCCUCUACCGAGAAACCAAGGUUUCGGUCCGGGCUUAAGCUAACCGUGGAACUCAAGGUAUUCAGGAAGUAGGACUACAAAUGCACAGCUCUAAUCUAAUCUAUGACUACUUUUGAUUUGUCUUGGCCUAGCCUGGUUGUGGAUCUCUUUGCUGUUCAAAGUCAAGCAGGGUCUGUAAGUGAGCAGGCCUACUCUUUUGAUUGCUUCUUAGACACUGGACAAGGCAUGGAUCAAGUUUAUUUCAAUAAGCUGAUCCUCAUGAGUCUUAUCCCAAUAGUAAUUGGAUUAAUAUCUUUACUCUUCUGGGGGACGAUGGCUAUUUACAAGCGAUCAGCGAAAACCUUUAAAAAUGAUUUGAUCUCAACCAUUGUCAUUUUGCUGUUCCUUUUCCACCCCAAUUUGGUGAAAGCAAUGUUCGGGGUGUUUUCUUGUAGAGAACUCGAUAGUGGAGAAUACUGACUAGUGGACAAUUUGGAUAUCAGAUGUUGGAACUCAAGGCAUAUCUUUUACUCUUUGGUGGUAGCGGUUCCUUCUAUCAUUGUGUGGGGAAUUGGGAUUCCAACUGUUAGCUUGUUCUUUUUGUGGAGAAAUAAAAGGGCCUUGGAUACUAUUAGUGUCAGAUUGAAGUUCGGAUUUCUUUUCAACGGCUAUAAAUAUAGAGCCUACUAUUGGGAAUUCAUCAUUUUAUAUAGGAAAAUUUUGAUUGUGUGCUGUUCACUCUCCCCUGUAAAUUGGAACCAAAACUCUAUUCCUUAUGCAGAUAUAAAAAUUUAUUGAUUUUAAUAGAAUUCUAAUUGAAUUCCAUUUAAAACAGAAUAAUUAUAGGCAAAUUUUAUUUUGGCGACAUUAAUUGGGUAGAGAAAAUAUUGCUUUUACUAUUAGCAUAGUCAAAUUUAAAGGGGGAGUCAGUAUUUUUAGCAAAUAUUUCUACUAGCAUCCAGGCAUUAACUGUCAUGAUUCUGCUCUUGUUUUGCCUUUAUUUACAAAAUGAUAAGAAGCCUUACAAUGGAGAAGUUUUAAAUCAAAUGGAGCUCCGAUCAAUCAUGGUUGCGUCAGUAACCAUCUACUGCGGCCUUUACUAUUUAACAGACUCUUUGGACUCUGUUUCUGAAAAUGUCUUUUUCUUUGUAAUUUGCGGAAUAAACAUCUAUUUCUUAAAUUACUGGGUAAAAAAAAUGUUUGGAGCCUAUCUUCAAAUAGCAAGUGAUCUCGUACCUUGCCUGAGGAAGAGGUUCAGCAGACGCGUUUUGGACGGGCUAAGUGACGAUAUUUUUGAGAAGAAGCAUCCUGCUCAUGUUAUUGUAAAAGAAGGCGACAAAUUCUUCUCGAUUAUUCCAGGUGAUGAUCCUGUGCCUAGCAUUCCUCUUGAUGAUGAUCUUGAAAAGGCACUGAAUAGCGAUAUGAGGGACUUAUUUUUGGGCAUUGUUCACCGUCACGCUAGCUCCCCCAUCUGUGUGCAAUCAAAAUAUUGGAAAAUCCAUUUUUUUUUGGGGAAAAAGCCACCCCCGUGAGCGAACAAAAUUGUUUAUGAAAAAAUAUAAAUAAGAGAUAAUUUAUUAUAAUGAAAUCUCUAGCUAAUUCUGUUUAAUAUUAGACAGCUUGUAUUUUAAAACAUAGAUUUUGCAAUUAAAUUAAUUUUUACUCUCAAUUUUUACGAUUGAGAAUUUAAAUUUUAAAAAAUAUUCAUAAUAAAAUUUAUAGAAAUUUUUUAGAAAAUAAUUAGUCUCCUUCAGCGAAGAAAUAUUUUUUAUUAGCUACUGGGGGAGUAAUGAAAAAAAUAGAAAAGUCGAGGUUGUAGAAGAUCUGUUUACUCAUGAAGGCAAUCGCUCUGCAACGAUGCUAGAAGAAGAGUCUUAUUUUAUCUUAUCUUAAUUAUUUAUAAAGGUUUACAUCCACUACGGGGUGGCCUUGUCCAGAAACUGCUGCCAUCUUUAUCCACGUGUCGGCCCAUGGACCUCUGGAUCGACCCAUUUCGAUUCGCCAAGGCACGGGUAAGUACGGCGUACGUCCCAGGCUACGUGCUCUUCCUUUUUGCCGAGAGCCGACCAAAAAACAUUCAUUUUUUGGGUUUCGGAAAAGCAACCCAUGUCCACAAGCAAGUAGCUCACACAUGAGACGUCGAAAAGCCGUGACGUUUGCCUUAGGCACACCCUGGUGAUCGAAGCGGGUUGGCCCAGCAACCUGUAGGCCCAAUGCGGCGAAAGGUAAAGCGGCAGAUCUGGGGAAGAGUCUACCCGUAAGGGACGUUAAACGUAUAAAUUCUAAUGUAAUUCAGAGGUCCUUGGGGUAAAACCCAAUCCCAUAAAUAAAAUUCUUGAGUGAGAGAAAAUUAGCGGAGCUAAUUUCGCUUGAAGCAAAAGCCAUUUUAUUUAUGCUAGAAGAAGAGUCAAAAGAUGAAUUUCCACCAUCAAGAACAUUUAGUCUGAGGGAGCUCAACAAUCAAAGUAAUAAUAAAAAUAUUUACUAUUAA